AAUCCAUACAAUCUUUCCCCUCGAGACAACGAAAUUGGUUUCAAGACGGGAUUGCAUAACGCCCGCAUUUUCGAAAAGUCACGACAUUUGACUGGCUAUAUUCGCGCCGAUCUGACAAGUAUCUGGUUUUGUUUCCUGAAAAGUUAGUCAUCAACGACAUUGCACAUGAUAUCUGACAGUUUUCGUCACACGAUUGUUAAGUGACAUCUCGAGAAGAACUGCUCGAGGUAUAGAGCGUCCUUUGCUUAUUGAAUCUUACCAAAGAUUUGGUAAAUAUGAGGCAAUAGCUUUCGUUUUUCUGGUGUCCAUUUCGAACGCCGAUUGUUUGGAAUGUUUUCCCGCUUCUGUACGUCAUUCUCCCGCCAAAUGUUACGGUAAACCAUGGAACUCCAUCUUGAGUAACUCUCUAAUGUCUUGUGGCAAACAUGAUUGCUCAUAAAAUCCUCUCGACAUUAUCCUUGGUUUUCGCUAGCUAUGGCAAAAUAAGUUACCUAUGUGGCGAAAUGAAUAGAUUGCGUUCAGCCUUGGGCGAAAAUUCCACAUAAAAAUCGAGAUCAACGAGCGUAUUUUAAUAUGGGAUGUGGUGUAUCGGUGGAAAAUGGAGAUGAUUUGAGCGUAGCAUUGGGAAAGUCGGAAAAAGCCAUACGUUCGGCGAUCUUAAUUCAGAAAUGGUUCAGACGAUAUCAGGCUCGCAUCGAAGCCCGACGAAGGUGUACUUGGAAGAUUUUCCAAAGCGUCGAAUAUGCUGGUGAACAAGAUCAGUUGAAGCUAUUCAACUUCUUUUAUGACAUGCUGAACCAUGUUGCUGAUGGUGAAAAUAAUGCUGUGGAUAUUUUACGCAAGGGUUCAGCAAGUAGUUCUACAUCCAUAGCAUCAAAGACAUCAGAGAAAUUAGAGAUGCUCACUGAUCCAUCAAAGAUAACAGUUGAUGAAACUUACAGGGGACCUCAUGUUGCACUGCCACUUACACUUCUCACUGUUCACAAAAUCAUUGAGCACUUUAAAUCUCGCAAGCUCCUUCAUGUUAAGUAUGUCCUCCUCAUUCUUCGAGAGACGAGGGAAAAGCUCAAGGUAUUACCAAACAUCUACAGGGCUUCCACAAGCAUCUCCAAACAGAUAACCAUAUGUGGUGACCUCCAUGGGAAACUGGAUGAUCUGUUUGUGAUUUUUCACAAGAAUGGUCUUCCUUCUGCUGAAAAUCCUUACAUCUUUAAUGGUGACCUUGUGGAUCGAGGUCCUUACUCCAUUGAAAUUGCCAUCAUUUUAUUUUCAUUUUUCCUGCUUUAUCCCACUGGUGUUUACAUUAAUCGUGGUAAUCAUGAGGAUCAUAUAAUGAAUCUCAGAUACGGAUUUGUCAAAGAAGUAAUGGACAAGUACAAGGAACAUUCUUCAAAAGUCAUGAGGUUGUUUGGAGAUAUCUUUGGGUGGCUUCCCUUAGCCACAGUGGUGAACAACAAAAUUCUUGUCACUCAUGGAGGAAUAUCUAAUAUUACAGAUUUGUCACGCAUUGAUAAAAUUGACCGUCACAAGUAUGUGUCAAUACUCAAGCCCCCGGGCAUGGACAAAGCACAACCAGAUACUGUUGAUCUAAUGGAGUGGAGACAGGUGUUGGAUCUGCUGUGGAGUGACCCCAAACCCCUCCCUGGUUGUAAACCAAACACUUUUAGAGGAGGGGGCUGUUACUUUGGUCCAGACAUCACAGACCGCAUCCUGAAGAAACAUGAUUUGGAGCUUCUUGUGCGUUCUCAUGAAUGUAAAUUUGAAGGAUAUGAAUAUAUGCACGGUGGAAAGGUCAUAACAAUAUUCUCAGCAUCAGAUUACUAUGAGCAGGGAAGCAACAGGGGUGCAUACAUGAAGAUUGGACCUGAUAUGAAACCUUACUUUGUUCAGUAUCAAGCUUCCAAAGCUAAGAAGCAUCUCACCCUGAAACAAAGGAUUGGAAUAGUAGAAGAGUCUGCAAUACGAGAAUUAAAGGAAAGGCUUUAUGCCAACAAGAUAGCUUUAAUGGCUGCCUUUGAAGAAACAGACAAGGAAAAAACAGGAUAUUUGACUGCAACUCAGUGGGCAACUGCUGUGGAGAGUGUGUUGAAAUUAGACGUACCAUGGAACAUGUUGAGACAUCAGCUUGCCCAUGUUCUGCCAGAUGGAAAAGUGGAUUACCGUUCAUGCUUUGAUCAGUAUAUCAUUGAGACAGGACUACACAAGAAUGGCCCAAGCAUCACUGAGACGCUCUACAGACAUAGGUCAAAUUUGGAAACAAUUUUCCGCUUAAUGGAUAAAGACAAUUCAGGGUAUGUUUCAAUGGAAGAAUUUGAGGAGUCUUGUCGUCUUCUUAAUGAGCAUACUAACUCCAAUAUCCCAGUUGACUCCAUUGAAGAUUUGGCAAAAAGUAUAGACAUGGACAAAGAUGGCCACAUUGACUUCAAUGAAUUCCUGGAAGCAUUUAGACUUGUGAAUCAUUCCAACUCUAACCAUUUGUCUUGCAAAGAGCAUUCUCCGGUCAAUUCAAUACACAUUGUUUCAUAAAACAUUCAGCAACCACAUGAGAGUUUCAUGAACAGUAAGUGAACAAGUAAAUUUAAAAAAAUGUGCAGCAAAGAAUUUUCUUCAUUUUGGUGUUAAUUAGAUGUACAUAACCAUGCAUACCUGUACAUAUUUAUAUCCAUACUUGAAGUGUUCACAUUUUAUUAUUUAUUAUUCUUGUACAUACCAAAUCAUUGUUUUUACAAGCAAAGAAAAAUUUUUAAUAGUACAACUGUAUGGAUUUGUUGCAAACUAAUGGCUUGAAAGAAAAACUCCAAGUUAUUCCUCAACAUCCUCUUAGCAUAGCAAAGCAAAUGACAGGAAGAGAAAAUUUGAGUGUUGACCCUUUAAACCCUCAGAGCAACCAGCACCUAAUUUCUUCUCAAAGUAAUAAAACUGAAUCUUUCAUUAAGAUCAUUAGAAUAAAGGAAAUGAUUGCCAAUUCUCCAGUAGCAAAGGAAACGUAUAGAUAAAUAGUACAGAGAAUAUGGAUACUGAUGAUAGGUUGUAAAGGGUUAGGGCUCUUAAGGUGCUGCCAUACUGUAUAUGGGGGGGGGGGGGAGUAACACAUAGUUGAUUAUCAACUAAAAGCUGGUUAUGGUAGAAAAACUAAACCUUUGGUCUGAUGAAGGGGUAAUGCUGAAAACAUCAGCCUUCCAAAUACUCCACAGUGCUUAGUUCAUGGUCAUGCAUGGUUUUACGCUAAUAACCAUAGGACUGGUGUAGAACAUUUCAUGGGACUCUAAUAAGUUUGUGUUGGUUUUUUUAGCAGGCAAUACCAAUGCUUUCAAUUCAUUUGGUAAUUUGACAAUGGUUAAAAAUGUUGUUUCAAAAUCUUUAUGAAAGAUUGGCUCCUCUAUUAACAUAUAUUUUUUGUGGGGUGAUAGGUAAACCUCAGCAUUACAAAUGAUCAAACCACUUUUGAUUAAUUUAUGCCAAGCAUGACAGAGAAUUUAAAAGGAAAUUUUGAAAAAAAAUUUAAAAUAAUGAAUCAAUACACUUAACUGUAAUAAGAGGUUAAACUAACUGGCCAAGAUGUGUAUGCCAGUAUUGGAGUAGCUCACCAUUUAGAAAUGAGCUAACAUGCAUUGCAGCCUCUUCAGUUUCUUUUAUAAGCUAAGCAAGAGAAACAUGAACUGAGUGGGAGCUGUGGAAAGGCAUGGGGUGAUCUUAUACCCAGAUCCUACCAUGUAACUAUAACUGAAAUGUAGGACAAUGGCUUGGUCAUGGAAGGUCUGGGUACAAGAGUAAGUGUAGAGCUCAAGGGAGCAAAGCACAGUGAGAGCAGAGGAAAUAGAAAAUACUGCUAUGCAGGAUAUUGAUUAAUAAAUUAAUUCCAUUGCUGUAAUAGGUAAUACAAUUGUUCCUAUACUUUUGGCUAGUUCCCUAAGAUCAAAUGUGCAUGGUCUAGCACUGGUUAAAAAAUGUUAUAACAGGAUUGAAAUAUCAAGUGUCUGAACAGAUUCAGAGAAAUAAACUUUUUCCAGGCACAAGUUGUUGAUCUGAGUGGGCCAUUCAGUCCUCUUGUAAGGUUUUUUAUGAUGGUUGCAUGAAGUGACCUGGAGUAUACUGUUACCUCCUCUGGAUAAGAUGUCAGUCAAACAAAAAAAGUUUUAUUACAAGGCCAUCUCUACAAAAGUUUUGUAUAUUAUGUUACAAUUUGGUCACUGUUCAUUUUGAUUAACACUCAAAGAGAACAACUUCUGAUUAUUUGCAA